AUGCUGUGUCAUGUGAGUGAUGAACUUUUUGGCUUUGAACCUGCACUCAUUCAAUUCUCACAUGUGCUCGAAACUGUCACAGACUUGCAGUCUUGCAGGACCCCAUCAAUCUCAACACCAUUAAUUCAAGGCCGUCUGUCGCCCUCCACGCAUCCACGCAUCCACCCACACCCGCAGCACGAUUGCCAGCGCGAUCAGAGGACGUUUCGAUAUUUCCCUCUGAGGAACUUCACUCGUAAUGAUUCGCAGAUUUCUCUACGGCAGGGCCCCGGGACCGUCAGCAGAAAGACUGCCAGGCUGAGCGGCCUGUCUGGUACAAAUCUCGCCUCUCUGCCAUCUCCACCAUCGCGAACUCCGACCACUUGCACGACGGAAAACCGCCUUGUCAGCCCAUCAACGCCGAGCACUCACAUAGCUGAUGAGUCAAGCCUCGCAACAUCGGUACCAGCAUCAAAAGACUUUCCGCUGCGCCACAUCUUCCCUUCCCUUCCCUUGACAAUCCACGUAAUAAGUUUUCUCCAUGUACAUUACAUAUAG